CGAUGGUAUCGCUCCGAUUGUCGUGAACCAUCAUGUGCCAUCGGGCUGUGUGACACGCAGUGUCUGUUAGACUUGUUCAGAAGGAGAAACUAUGAAUUCUCAGCCAAAUGACUUCGGCGCGUGGAACCUCAAUGAUCGGGCUUAUCCAGAAUGUGGGAACCACGACAAUCCAGAGGGUGGCCCGACAUACCCCCAACCUGGCUACUACGGUAGCCCACAAAUGGGUCCAUGUGCAUCUCAACAAGGUUUCGGAUUUCCUUGCACUCCAAUAACCCAACCCGCAUUCGGAAGUCCACAGUCACCGGUACAACCAAACUAUCAGUUGUACGUGUGUCCUCUUGGAUUUCCUCCGCAGCAACAGCCGUGUUUCAAUCCCACCCUACGCCCUUACCCGCACUUCAAUGCCGAAGAGGACUGUGAGAAGCUACGCAAAGCGAUGAAGGGCAUUGGUACCGACGAGAACGCCAUAAUCGAUGUACUAGCACACCGAACAGCGGAUCAGCGUGUUCAGUUGGUUAAACAAUUCAAAAUCAUGUACGGCAAGGAUUUAAUUAGCGAGCUGAAGUCAGAACUGACGGGUCAUUUUGAAGACGUGGUCGAGGCGAUGUGCUACACAUUGGAAGAACUGGAUGCGCGGGCGCUACGGGAAGCCAUGAAAGGUGCAGGUACAAACGAAGGCACACUUAUUGAAAUUUUGGCUACUCGAAGUAACGAACAGAUAAAGAAAAUCAAAGAACUUUACAGUUCCAUUUUCGGCGGACGUGAUCUGGAGAAAGAUUUGACUAGUGAGACCCACGGAUACUUCAAGCGUGUUCUAGUCAGUAUGGUACAAGGUGGUCGUGACGAGAGUCAUCACGUUGACCACAGCGCAGUGGAGCAUGACGCGGAAGAGCUGUACAACGCCGGAGAGAAAGCGCUCGGGACAGACGAAUCCACGUUCAUCACCAUCUUGCUGUGGAAGUCAGAAGCUCACGUUCGCGCUGUCAUUGACGCUUACGAAAAGCACAGCAAUAAAGACUUUGAAGACGUGCUGAAGUCGGAACUGAGCGGCGACCUGCUCCGAUCAUUUUUGGCCGUCGUUAGAAGCAUUCGAAACAAGCCGAGAUAUUUUGCGCACGAGCUGAGGAAAUCAAUGGAAGGUGCUGGAACGGAUGACAAAAAGCUCAUUCGCAUUGUCGUUUCACGCGCUGAAGUUGAUAUGGGCGAUAUAAAACGGGAGUUUAUGAAGCAAUACGGGAAACCACUGGCAACUUGGAUAACAGAUGAUACCACCGGAGAUUACAAACGUAUGCUACUGGCGUUGGUUGGCGAUUAAUACUACGGCUCUGGUUGCAAUGCAUAUUUUGCACCAAUGACACACCAUGUCACUUCGCUUGUGAUGUGUGUGAACUUGCUUUUCUUAUCUUUAAUUUGGUUUAUUCCUUUUGCUUCGCUGAUAUUCUGUUAGCCUGUCCUGUGUUCUUAUACACAUUGCCGACCAUG